AUGUCUUCACGCGCAAAUCAAGGCACUGCCGGUGCAACCACAACCCCUGCCACUGCCGGCCACGGCGAAGCUAAGCCUAAACUCUUUGACGAGCAGGGUGCCAUUGGCAAGCAAUUCACAGAAACUGGAGCAAUCGGUGGCACAGCCCAGAAGAUUGGCGGACCAUUGGACAAAGAGGGUAUCAUUGGCAAGCAAUUCACCACAGAAGGAAGCAUCGGAGGAUCGGUGGAAUCCAUGUUGGGCGGAAAGAACGAGAAAAGCAAUUGA